ACGUAGUUACAAGGAAGACGCGUCUGUGUUUUGGAUUAGCUGGGUUUUUUCCGGGAGUAGUUCUGAUUAAAAACAAAAGGAGCUUCGUCAUCAUGACACACUGGUUUCAUCGCAAUCCUCUGAAGGCCACAGCGCCAGUCUCAUUUAACCUGUAUGGAGUGGCAUCCAGUCCUGCUGCCAAUAAAAUCUGCAAUGAUCUGAGGACAACAAGGGCUAGGCUUCUGGACAUGUUUACAGACGCGACGUGCACCCCAGAGAUCAUGAAGAAAGCCACUGAUGAAUACUUCUCUCUUUUACAGGGGUUCAUUGCAUCUUUGGAUGGUACGACACAAGAGAACAAGCUGCGCUUUAUCCAGAACUUUAAGUGGACUGACACUUUGCAAGGAAACACGCCAAGUUCUCAACAAGAUGCUGUGUUUGAGCUGGUAUCCAUGGGCUUUAACAUUGCUGUUUGGCAUACCAAAUUUGCAUCAAGGCUCGCAGGAAAGGAAAACAUCACUGAGGAUGAAGCAAAAGAUGUUCAUAAGAAUUUGAAAAUUGCGGCUGGAAUUUUCAAGUUCCUCAAGGAGACUCAGAUACCACGCCUCAUCACACCAGCAGAGAAAGGCAGAGACAUGGAACCCAGGGUGAUUGACACAUACAUUGUGCAGAGUCAAGCUGAGGCUCAAGAAGUGACCAUUGCCCGUGCCAUUGAACUGAAGCAUAAUGCUGGCCUUAUUGCAGCUUUGGCACUUGAGACAGCAAACUACUAUCAAAAGGCUGAUCAUACUCUGAACACUCUGGACCCAGAGUGCAGCAACAAAUGGAGAAAGUACUUGCAGCUGAAGCAGCACUUUUACAUUGCUUAUGCACACUGCUACUAUGGACAGACUCUCCUUGCUAGUGACAAGUGUGGUGAGGCCAUUAGAUCUCUACAAGAGGCCGAAAAAUGUUAUUCGCAUGCAGAAACACUAUGUAAAGAAUACCGUCAAACCAAAGGCCCAGGCAGUACUGCCAAGCCCUCCGAACAGCUCUUCUUCAGGAAGCUUGGUGGCCUGAUCAAAAACACACUGGAGAAAUGUCAAAGGGAAAAUGGUUUCAUAUACUUCCAUAAAGUGCCUGAAGAGGCACCGGUUUUGGAACUGAAGGCAAGUUAUGGUCUGGCAGAACCUAUUACCUUUGAGCUUCCUCCUCUCAACAGCCAGUGUACUCCUGAAGUCUAUGCCACGUUUGAUCUCACUAGAGGACCAAAAGAUGACAAGGCAACUACAAAACCCAAGCAGGAGGAGGAGAUUAAGCCUGUGAAGGAACCUGAUCUCAAGCCCCAGAAAGACACUGGAUGUGUGAUCUCUUGAGCACUUAAAAUUGCAUCUGGGAAUGAGAAUGAAGAUCCUUUCCUGGUUCAUUUUGUCUUAACAUUAUUAAUCAAAACUGUCCCAUUGUUAUGAGAGAGCUGUAUGAGAUCUAAAAUACAGAGGUGGUAGGGAAUACUCCUGUUAAUAUAAUGUAUUAACUUCAUUGUACUGUUUUUUUUUUUUUUUUUUCCAAAACGUCAUUUACUCCAUGAAGUGUACUUAAAAGAAUACUUCUCCAAUUUUAUAUUUAUAUUGAACCCUGUAUUGAGGUCUACUAAAAUGCUGAAAAUAUAUGCACAAAAGACCACACACAUCCAUGUAGAUUUUGACUUUAUUCAAAGUAAUUACCGUAUAUUCUUUUACUUACAAACUUUUUUUUUAAAAUGUAAACUGAACUUUUUUUUUUCUUUCAACUUUAAGCCUUUUUACUGCUGUCAACUCUUCUAAAACUCUUUUUGUUAAGGAGUGUUUAAAAAAAAGGAUGUUAAGAAUAAGGCACAAAAGUCACUAAUCUGUAGAGCAUCUAAUGUCAGUUAAAUUAAAACGUGUAUACACAUUCAUAACUUCUAAGCAAAAUGAUCAAUCUGUAAAUGGAUGCUGGCUAUUAAAAUAUAUUACAAAUGGAAAAAAAGCAUGUAUUUUAACACUAACAGUUCAUUAAAAAAAAAAAAAAAAAGGUAGUCUGCAUUUUUAGAGUUUAACUUUGGGGGAUUUGGGGACCGAAAUGUGCGGCAAGUCAAUCAAACAGACGAGAGUGUACUUGGCAAGCCACUGUAAUGGUGACAAGUUACAAAUGAAGAGAAAGAGGGUUUCAAACAGUGCGUAACAAGAAUUCAUUCAGCAUUAUCCACCUAGUUCAGUAGCAAUGUGUUUUAACCACAUGGGUGUAACAAAUGGACUAUUUGGAUCAAUGCAUUGAUUGAUUAUUACGGAUUAUAAAUUUGUGGCAAUGCAAUACAGCUGUGUCUACAUGAAUCAAAAUCUCAAAGUAAUAUAUCCAAUACAUUGUGGAACCCAUGCCAUAAAGAAUUGAGGUGUUUCUGAGAGUAAAGAGGGUGGAGACCUAGUAUUAAUAUGAUGUUCCUGAUAAAGUGCCCAAUGGAUAUAUGUGUAAAUGCAUUAGUUAAAACAAUGGUUCUGUAAAAAGUGAGCUGUGUUAUCAACUGUAAUCUUGAGUUUCAUGUUAUCUAGUUAAUACGACCAUGCUAAAACACUGUUCUCAGCUUAAAUUUCACUGUCAUGUAUUUAAUACCUUCUUCCAGUAAUCCAGUAAAAUGUUUGUCUCGUGUAUUUUGGGAAUUGUUUUAUGUACUGUAUGCAUAUGCUUGUAGAUAAAUAGAUAAGAAUCCAUGCUAAAAACAUCGCACAUUUACUGUGAUUUAAUAACCUGGAGCUUUGGUCCUGCAGCUUAUAGUUAUAACUAUACAGUAACAAUCUGUGUAACACAUUGAAGCAAACAUUUUCUUCUUUCUAAAUAUUACCUUCACUUUAUGAUGAAAUUAAAUAAAUACUCUACUA